AUGGGAAAUCUCGCCACUUCGAUCACAAACCACUCCAUGAUUAGACCACUUGGGUUUUACAUUAUCGGAUUUACGUAUUUGAAUUUCGAUUUAUAUUUUGCUUUCCUAGCAGUCGUUUAUAUUGUAACAGUUUUCGCUAACUUCAUUAUUCUUUCCAUUAUAUUGACAGAUCGUCGCCUACACACUCCAAAGUACAUUGCGGUGGCGAAUCUGGCGAUCGUCGACUUGGUGCUCAGUACAACCAUUGUUCCUAGUAUGAUCAAGAUGUUUCUCGUGAAAGAUAAUUUUAUUUCCUACAACGCAUGCUUCACACAGAUGUUUUUUUAUUACUGCUUUUUCGCAUUAGAGUCGUUUUCCCUCAGUGUACUUGCCUAUGACAGGCUCGUUGCCAUAUGUUUCCCACUGAGACAAAGCUCUAUCAACACAAUAACCGUCAUGAUCACAAUUUUAGUCACUGUUUGGUCAUUUUCUGUAAGUAUUAUUCUGUUUUCGGUCAUAAUCCAGACCAGGCUGUCUUUCUGUAAUUCGCUCAAGGUGUACAGUUAUUUUUGUGACUACGUCCCCGUUUUCAGACUAUCUUGUACUGACACCAGUUUAGAGUGGGUCAUUGCCUCUUCUCUCAGUUUAAUUAUUGUGUUUGGGCCCCUCAGUUUGAUAAUGACGUCAUACGCCUGUAUUGUGACCGCAGUGUUUAGAAUGAAACACGUGGAGAGUAGGUACAAAGCACUUGUAACUUGCACAGAACAUCUAUUUCUAGUGGCGAUUUUCUACGGGCCGAGCGUGACCGUGUUUAUCAUUGAGCUUUUCUUAUUCACCAUAGAAACAAAUGUCGCUGUGCUUACCUUGUCAUUAGCCUCGUGUUUACCGCCCUGUUUGAACCCCAUAGUGUAUUCCCUGGCAACCAAAGAAAUCAGGAACAGAAUACUGGCUAUGCUCCAGAAAGUCAAAGUAGCAACGUGGACAGGGCAGGCAUAG